AUGGACAACAUUAACUCCGGAUCAUGGCCUGCUCAAGUGCCGGCACCAGAAAAGUCUAGUCGUCUUUACAUUCGCGACUAUCCCCAUCGAUCCAUCGCCCUUGUCUCGUCCUCCCACGCCCUCAUAUUCCGCUACAGCUCCGUCAGCACCGGCACAAACGGCUCCCUUACCUCGCUCGCAUCUACCCGGUCACGGCCAAAUGGCGACGGUGCCGCAUCGAAAUGCAUGGUCGAAUUCACUCAAAUCACAAAAAAAACUCUGACCGACUACCGCCCUUUGACCCCACGACCGAUCUUUGGAACAUUGGGUCUGAUAUCCGUCGAGGGCGACGUGUUCCUUUCCGUCGUGACACAUGCUACCAGAGUCGCCACCCUUAGGCCGGGGGAGACCGUGGAGCGGAUCGCAAGCGUUGCCUUCUUCUGUCUCAACAGUAGCGAGUGGGACGACGUUGUUUCUUUGGACCCAUUAGAUUCCGAGGCGUCAGACGCCAGUGCCUUGUAUGGUCAGAACCUCAGAGGACGAGAGGUUCAAGUGGAACAUCCAUGUACAGACCUUCGCAAGCUUCUGGGCAAUGGCACCUUCUACUACAGCACCGAUUUCGAUUUGACGAACAGAUUGCAGGACAGAACGGUGAACUCGUACACGUUUGACAUCGACAACUUUGACGACUCAUAUCUAUGGAAUUCGUACAUGAUCAGCCCGCUGGUCCAGUUUCGAUCACGACUGUUGCCCCAAGAGCGGGAAGCUUUAGAUUCGUCAAGGUUCCUAACCUCUGCCAUCCGUGGCUUUUGUCGAACUAUGGCGAUCCCGCAGACAAGCGCCCCAUUGAAGACGCGAUCGAGCGGUUUGCCUUCGUACCUAACUGUCGUAUCAAGACUAUCCUGCCGUAGAGCUGGCACCCGUUUCAACUCGAGAGGAAUCGACGAUGAUGGUAACGUCGCCAACUUUGUAGAGACAGAGACCAUCUACUGGAGCCCAGGAGGUACCCUCUUCUCCUACGCCCAGGUCAGAGGCUCGGUUCCGCUGUUUUGGGAGCAGACAGCGGAGCUCAUCCCCGGCAAACAAAAUAUCACCGUCAUUAGAUCGCCAGAAGGAGCACAGCCGGCAUUCAACAAACACUUUGCGGACCUGGAGCAGGCCUAUGGCGCUGUGCAUGUCGUUAACCUAUUGAGCGAGGGCAAGCCUGGCGAGGCACAGCUCAGCCAGUUGUACCAUCUGGGGAUAGAACAUUGUCCACUAAGCCAGGUUGGCGAGGAAGAAUCGCAAGACCACGCGCUACUAAGAGAAACGCACUAUGACUUCCAUGCCGAGACGAAGGGACCGGGAGGUUACGAAGCGGCACGUCAGAUUCGCAGAUACAUUGAAAAGUCGAUAGAUGGAUUCGCCUACUACUUAGCCGAAGAGUCGGAUGAUGGAGCUACAGACAACAACGACUACCAAGACUCGAACCGCAUGGUAGUGGUUCUCCAGCAGGAAGGAAUAUUCCGGACGAACUGUCUUGAUUGUUUGGACAGGACGAACCUGAUCCAAACCCUUAUAUCGCAGAUGGCCACAGAAGCUUUCCUGAGCCAUCGCGGCGAAUAUGCUACGUCUGACUUCUGGAUGAGACACUCAACUCUCUGGGCUGACAACGGCGAUGCUCUGUCAAAGAUCUAUGCCGGCACUGGUGCUCUUAAAUCGUCUUUCACACGCUCCGGAAAGAUGUCACUGGCUGGUGCUGUGGCGGAUAUGCGCAAAUCGGUCCAGAGGCUCUACCACAACAACUUUACGGAUUCAGCUCGGCAGACGACGAUUGACCGCCUUCUUGGACGCCUUGUCAACCAAACGCCCGUCCUUCUGUUCGAUCCCAUAAGCGACUAUGUAUCCAGUGAGCUCACUAAGAGAAGCGCCGAGUUCUCUUCCGUCCAAGACAUCACCAUGUUGGUUGGCACUUUCAACUUGAACGGCCGUACCGAGGGUGUUGACAGCGAUCUUACUCCAUGGCUAGCCCCAGAAGAGCUCGGUGACGUGUUGCCUGAAAUCGUCGUCGUGGGAUUUCAAGAGAUUGUUGAGUUGAGCCCGCAGCAGAUUAUGAACAGCGACCCUUCCAGAAAGCAAUUAUGGGAAGCCGCAGUGCGACGAUGCCUCAACAAGCGUUCGAAGGCACUCGGCGGCGAAAGAUACGUUUUGCUGCGGAGCGGGCAGCUUGUUGGUGCUGCGUUGUGCAUCUUCGUCAAGGCCUCGGCCUUGGCUAACAUUAAGAAUGUCGAAGGUAGUGUCAAGAAAACAGGGUUGUCAGGCAUGGCGGGCAACAAGGGCGCGGUUGCGAUACGAUUUGACUAUGCGAAUACCCAUAUCUGCUUUGUGACAGCCCAUUUGGCUGCUGGAUUUUCAAACUAUGACGAAAGAAAUAGGGACUACGCAACUAUCCACCACGGACUCCGUUUCCAACGGAACCGCGGCAUCGAUGAUCAUGAUGCUGUUAUAUGGUUGGGAGAUUUCAACUACCGAAUUGGGCUCGGCUCCGAAUCUGCCCGAAGCUUGAUCAAGAAAAAAGACCUGGAGACGCUUUAUGAGAACGACCAGUUGAAUCUCCAGAUGAUUGCGGGACUUGCAUUCCCGUUCUAUUCUGAGGCUCGGAUCAACUUCCUGCCAACGUACAAGUUUGACCUUGGGACGGACGAAUACGAUACAUCUGAAAAGGCACGCAUCCCAGCGUGGACAGACCGAAUUCUGCGCAAAGGUGCAAACUUGCGUCAAUUGGCAUACAACUCGGCCCCGCUCAAAUUCUCGGACCACCGGCCGGUAUAUGCCGUUUUCCAGUGUAACGUGAGCAUUGUUGACGAAGCCCUGCGGGAUCGAAUCAGCAAAGAGCUCUACCAUCGAAGGAAGGCGGAUGUAGGAGAUGCAACUGCCAACUUGGACUCCGAGGAUACCGAGGACGAGGACUUGAUUGGCUACGAAGCCAUUGAGCCGGGACUGCCCCCUGCGAGCUCUGACCGCCAAAAGUGGUGGCUGGAGAACAAGCAGCAGGCGAGAGUUGACAUCAAACAGCCCAAAGCUCCCGAUGGACACGCUACGGUGCUGAAUCCUAACAGACCCCCUAAUCCCUUUGCGCCAACGGGAGAGCCAGACUGGGUCAACGUGCCAAGGUCAAGACUGUCUUCUUUCUCCAGCGUCUCGACAUCGCCGUACGAGCACGUCUACGCUCCAACCGACCUCUCGUCACCGGCUUCAAAUAGGAUUGCGAGAAAGCUGCCGCCACCAUUUGAUCAGUCGGCCUUGUCAUCAAAAGUUGGCGGACUCAUCAUCAAAGACGAUAAGUCUCAAAGGGGAGAAACGCCGCCGCCGCCGCCACCGCCGAGGAGACAGACGGGGGCCAAUGCAGCAGUUCAACAACCCCCAUUGAUACCCUCGAAUCGGUCGCAAAACCCGACACCUCCACGGCCGUCAUCUGCGAUCUCGCAGCUGUCGCAGCUAUCCUCCCAAUCGAAGUCCAAGCCCGCCCCGCCCGUUGCGAAGAAACCAGCACACCUGGCCACGUCUCCGAAUCUGAGCAGCAGCGGAGCCGUUCUAUACAAGGAUGAUCCGACAGAAAGACCACCGCUGCCGGUCCGGGCUUCGACGGGUUUUACCAACCUAAGCGCGGGAUUGGAGGGAGGAAUGAAUAGAAAGCCAAUUGGCACUCCCGCCAAGUCUCCCAAGCGUGCAGACACACUGGACCCCGAGCCCGGCAGACAGAGCCCGAUGGUUGGGGCAGUCGCCCUGCCCGGUAUGCGAGCUAGUGAAGCACGGGCCAAACCGAAGAUCCCAGCUAGAAAACCAGUAGAUCUAUUAGAUUCCCUUGCCGAUGAAGGACCGAGCGACAUGGGAAGCUGGGAGACACUGGUUCCCACUACGCAAAGAUGA